AUGCCCGAUUUGGAAAUGAUUAUUUUAUAUUUGGAUGACAAAAUUCGAGAAGGCGAGCAAGUCCAGUUGAAGGUGAGGAUUUUAAAAGAUCCAAAAAAAACUAGGAAAAGUUGUAGAUUGGCUAUGAAGGAAAAAUAUCGAGCGAUUUGGGAGGCCUCUAUCAAACGACUUAUACCGAUUUGGAUGGGAAGAACAGGUUUGGAAAAAAAAAAUCGAAGAAUUCAGAAAGAUAUUUGAAAAGUUGACAGGUACUCUCUAACAGAAAGGAUCUUCAAAAUUUUCGUGAAAAUAUGAUAAAAAUCGUGAAACUAAUCAUGAUGCCGAAGUUUGACUUGUUAGAGAUGAUAAUAGACUUUUUGAUCGAGGAAAAUUUAUAAAUUACUGAAAAUUGUGGAAAAAAAUUGUUUUUCAGUGUUCGAAAUCUCAAAAUAAUAAGAAAACUUAGUGGAGUAGGUCUACGAUUCCAAAUUAAAAAAAAUUGGAAUUGAAUUUUUUUAGAACUGCUGUGACAACCCAAAUGGAGCCGACAAUGGCGCGAAAAAUGGUCCCUUGCUUCGAUGAACCCGACUUCAAGGUUCAUUAUCCUAAUAUUCAGAAAUACAAGAAAUAUUUUAAUUAAGGCCGUUUGGAUGGUCAAAAUAAUCCAUCCAAAAGGCACCAAAGCCAUCGCCAACGGAAUCGAAUUGUGUACGAAAAGGUAGAUUUUCCUCCAUUCUUCUCAUAAAAUCAAUUUUUUAAAGUUUGGACGAAAACUUCCAAGUGACCAAGUUCAAACCGACACCCAGAAUGUCGUCCUACUUGCUGGCAAUCUUUGUUUCGGAGUUCGAAUAUUUGGAAAAGUACACCAAAAAUGGUGUUCGGGUAUAGUCAAUGUUUCCCGCCUUGAUAGGCGAGGGAGGCAGGGGCAGGGGGCGGGACGCGUAGCGUGUGCGUACGCGGUUUUUGGCGCCAGUUCAAUUCAAGCGCCACCGACUAUUUAAAAAGCUCUGUCGCCGCUCUUUUUGUAUCUAUCCCACUACUUUUUGAUGCAAAAAUGAAAAAAAAAUCAAUAAAUAUUCAAAAAAAUAAAUGAAAAAGAGCGAAAAAAACGGGCUUUUCAAAGAGUCGAUUGCGGUUGAGUUGAACUCGUGCCAAAAAAACCGCGUGCGCACACGCUACGCGUUCCGGGCGGUUAAAACGAUUUUUGGCGGGAAACGAAAAUUCAAAAAAGAACUGUUUUUUUUUGGAGAAGUAGGUUUUUUUUUCUGCUUUUUCAGUGCAUUCAUUACUGCUUAUUAGAAAGAAAAUCAGAUAAAUUUUGAGUUUUCAGUUUCCUCCAAAAAAAAAAUCUCGAAUAGUAGUGUUAUUUUGCUUAUUAACUAAACAUUUAUUUAUUUUAUUAAAAAUAACUUUUCGUUCAAAUUUCCAGUUCCGAGUGUGGGCUCGACCUGAAGCUAUGAAAAUGGUGACCUACGCCCUCGAUUCUGGAGUCAAAGUUAUUGAUUACUACGAGCAGUUUUUUUCAAUAUCAAGUUCCCGUUGCAGAAACAAGGUGAAUCAAACUCUGAUUUACAAAACGGUAAUUUUUUUCUCUCAAUUUAUAGUAAAGUCCUCUGAAGUUGUUGGAAGAUCCCCCAGAUUUCAAAUAAUUUCAAACGUUGGAAAAAAAUUUUUUUAAGAAAUAAAGAAGGCCCAAUAAAAGGUAUAAAAUCAGUUAAAAUAUACAAAACUAGGCUAUUCUACCAAGUUUUGGUGAAAAAAAACGUUUUUUCCUCACCAUUUUCUCAAAUGAUUCAAUGUAACUUCGACUUUUUUCAAAAAAUGAAAAAAGAAAUUCAGACCUGGUCGCGUUACCGGACUUUUCUCAAGGUGCAAUGGAAAAUUGGGGUCUCGUUAAUUUCAGGUAUGAUUAUUUGGAUCAUUUCAAGAAAUAAUUCAUUGUAGGGAAGCCGAUUUACUUUACGACGAAGGAAUUUAUCUUCCCAAGACAAAGCAAAGAGUGGCGACCAUUAUUUCUCAUGAACUCGCUCAUCAGGUUGGGAAAAAAGUCGAGAAAUAUCGAGAUAUUUUGUUAAUUUCCCUUGAAAGGUGAAUUUUUCAGUGGUUCGGAAAUCUGGUCACAAUGAGUUGGUGGGACGAUUUGUGGCUCAAUGAAGGAUUCGCCAACUUUGUACAAUAUUCUGGAGCCAAUAUUAUCAGUAAUGGAAACUUUAGAAUGGUAAGAAUGACUGAAAAUUCACAAGAAUUACUUUUUUUACUGUUUCAAGUUUGAAACAACGAUGAACACGGCUAAUCGUCUCGAGACUUAUAUGAAGUUUGUCUAUGCUCCUUUAAGAAAUUUGCUCUUUUUGAAAUUUUCAAAUAGCGAUUAGUCAUACGAUCAAGAAACAUAGUGUCUGACAAAAAAAACACCUUUUUUGUCGUUUUGAGCUUGAUUCAAUCAAGAAAAGCUUUACGAUGCAGAAGUUCAAAAUAGUUAUUCUCGACCAUAUAGCUGUUUCAAAAGCAGAUUAAAACUAUGUUUACAAAAAAUCAUGAAUUGACAGUUCAAAUACGUUUAAAAAUCGAUACUAAGGCGGAAAACUUCGUGACGGACGAUCUUUCGCGUGCUCUGACUGCCGAUAGCAAGGCUUCUUCCCAUCCUUUAUCUUUCAAAAUUGAUAAAGCCAUGGAGGUCAUAGAAGCUUUCGAUGAUAUUUCUUAUAAAAAAGUGGGUCUUUUUGAUUUUGAUCUUCAUGAAAAUGAAGUUAAGGGAGCUUCGGUGAUAAGAAUGAUACGUCAAGUAAUUGGCGAGAAAAACUUUCAAAAGGGAAUUCAGGUGGGUGAAAAUGAACUUGUUUUGAAAAUGAACUACGUUUUUCCUGUCUCUUCAUUAAUAUAAUUUCAUCUUGAAACUGGAUUUCGAUUUCUAAUUUGAAAAAAAAUUGUGCUUUACUGUACCACCUUCACUAACCAUGGAUACUUAUUUUUUAGAUAUAUAUUUUUUCGGGUGAAGUCGGAAUGGUGGCUAGUGACCGCUAAAAGGGAGAGGCUCAAAAAAGGUCGCAGAAAGGCAGAAAAAAGGCAGCAAAAAGGCAGCAAAAAGGCAGCAAAAAGGCAGCAAAAAGGCAGAAAAAAGGCAGCAAAAAGGCAGCAAAAAACAAAAAAAAAGAAUCCCUUUUUCAAGCUUUCCAUUUUUUCUCGGGUUUCAAAGGCUCAAGAAAUGCUGGGAGAAGGUAGAGGCAGCAAAAAUGGUGCAUAAAAGCCGAUGAAAUGGCGCAAACAGGGAGCCUUUGUCGCCCUAAAAGGAACAUUUCUAUGGAGCCUUUUUCCACCCUUUCCGUCUUUGCCUAAGUCGUAACCACAUUCAAAAACAGAUAACCUUGAAAAUGACGGAUUUCAGUACUACCUCAAGGAACACCAGUACAGCAACGCCAACUCUUCGGAUUUAUUGAAAUCUCUCAACGAAAAAGUUCCCAGUUCCGUUCGCGGCCCAGACGGGGAGAAGCUCAACCUGGAGAACUUUGCUGAUCAAUGGACCACCCAGGUUAAAAUAUCGAAUGGUCCCAAUAUUUUCCUUCAGAUGGGGUACCCUCUUCUGACAGUCACCAGACUGAAUUCCACUACAGUCAGAAUCGAUCAGAAAAGGUUUAAAGAGGAAGAAAAUUCGUUGGAGCAGCGGAAGUAUCGGAAUCCGAAACAUGGGUGAGAUUACCUUUUUAGAAAAAUAAAAAUUCAAUUUUAAUUUUGCUAAAAAAACUGAAAAGAAAAACAGGUGGUGAAAUGCUUCUUUUUGAGAAAAAAAUCACUUCAAAAGAGAUAUAAAAAAACUUCAAAUUUUGAAUUCUGAUAUGCUUUUUUUGCGAAAAAAAGUGGCUUUGUGAUCAAAAUGUAUAUCUCAAGAAGAAAAAUUAAUCUAACUUGUAAAACUAUCAAAUUUUUCUCAAAAACCAUACUCCAGAAGAAGAGAUGUGAAAAAUGAUUUCAUGAAAGUUUUUUUUUGUAGUUAAAAAUUAAAUUUUCAGAUUCAAAUGGGAUGUUCCAAUUCGGUACCAGGACGGAAAUAUUGGAAAUUUGAAAAUGACCUGGCUAAAGAAAGGUUCUUCUUUGCAAUUAAAUUGAAUAUUUGGAAGUUUCUGUCUAAUCUUUUCAGUUAUUUAAAGGAGCAUAGACAUAUUGGACGGAGGUCUCAGGACGAAAAGCCGUUUCUAGCGUUUUUUGAAGUUUUGCGAGACAUUGCGCCUUCAAAUACAGUCCUAGGACAUUGGUAACGCGAAACGGACGUCUCUGGGCAUUUCUAGGGAUCACUUAAAAGUACAGACGCUACUAAAGUAGUCCCUAGAAAUGCGCAGAAGCGUCUGGAGAACGCCCGUUUCGCGGUACGAAUGUUCGAGGUUCGUCCUCCGCGACUUGAGUGUCUGCGUCUCUCUGUUCCCUCACCGGCGAGGUUAGAGAAACGUGAAAAGAGCACUAAAAAAUGAGAGUGACGGCGAGAGACGAGGAGAGCGCAGAAGUCGCGAAAAAUGAACUAUACCUUCGAAAGGGAUUCGAUCAAACUAGAUAUUAUCAAAGCUCUCAAAUUCCAGACACACCCCUACUUCUCCACGCUCCUUCUCCAGUUGUGCUAAACGCAGAAUCCUACGGGUUCUACCGAGUAAACUACGAUGAAACCGAGUGGAAGGCCAUCGGAGCGCAGUUGCUUCGAAACCACAAGGCUUUUCCUCAUUUUCUUUUGCAAACAAUAUAACUUUGCAGCGAUAUUCGUCAGUGACCCGUGGCCGCCUGAUUGAAGACUUAUUCCGUUGCGCCACCGUCGAUUUGGUUGACUACGACUUGGUUUUCGACUUCCUGAAGUAUCUCGAAAACGAAAAGGUUUCUUUUUUUGAAUAAAAACGAGAAAAUCGGAUACUUUGAGGAACAAGUUCCAUGGCAUUUCGUUUUCAUCGAAUUUCAGAAAAUCGUCAAUUAUUAUGGAGUCGAUCCUCAAGUCGAGUUUCCUAAGGUUUAUGCGUUUGAAAAAAAAACUCUUUUCUUUAAAAAUUUAGUCAAAUUUCUAGGAAAGUCGGGUUUUCGGAGAAAAAAAGGAAAAAAAUAAAUAAUAACCACAUAAAGGAGGAAAAACUAUGUUCUUUUUUUAUAAUUUUUUUUAUUAAUAUGUUCAGGAUUUGUUAAUAAAAAAACAGGUGAGGAACUUAAAAUUGGGUAAGAUCUAUCAAAGGAAAAAUAUACUUGCAAAAAAACACAACCAAAAAAAUAUUUCCAACUCCAAUAAUUAUUUGAAAUCAACUAGUUAGGAAAAACUUUCCUUGACUACAAAAUUUCAGAAAUUCCUUCUCAAGCUCCUGAAAAACAACUUCGACGCCACCAGUUUCGAAAAAUUAAGAUCAAACUACAAAGACGAAAACCAAUUUUUCGAAAUGUUCGUGACAAAAAGUGCAAAAAAAUUAAAAUGUUCUUCUAGGAACUUUUUGUUCCAACUUUUGGACACGGAAUGUUCCUUUGGAGACUCAUUUUGUGUCGAAAAAGCUGCUGAACUUUUCAAAACUGAAGUCGAAAAUGAAUGUGAGGAAUCCGAUGAAACUUCCAAGUGCAACAGGUAGGAAUUCUUGUCCAAAAAUUCAUUUUAGAAAUGGAACUGAAAAUUUCAAGACUAGCGGCGCCGCUGAGACAACUUUCCUACUGUUACGGAGUUCAGCAGGGAGGAAUCAAAAAUUUCAACAAGGUAAAUUGUGAAAAUAAAUUUGAAAAUUUGAGAAAUUCAUUAAAUUUUCAAUAUUUGUCAUUUUAGACAUGGAUGAGAGACUGGAAAAAUGAGAAAUUCUCUCCAAAUUUAGCAAAAACUAUGUGGAAUGAUUCUUCGUUUCACUAAUUUAAGUCAGCGGAUAGAAAUCAUGAUUUUUUUGAAGUUGUAAAAAUUUCAUAAACCUAGCCUUCAGAUUAGAAAAAUUGAAAAAUCGUCGGAAAAAAAUUGAAAUGAAACGAACUUUUUUUGAAUGAUUUUUUUGUAGUUUUUUCAAAACAACUGAGGUAAUACUUUGAAGCUUGAAAAAGGCCACAAAAAAAAACGGAAAAUUCAGUAAAUUCAUCUCAAAAGCUUGUAUUAUAAUCACUCUAGAAAACUGUUUUUUAAUUACUCAAAAAAGCUUGCUAAAAAAUUUAAAGGCGCAUGGCCUAAUUUCAAAAAGGUCUCGAGGAGAAGGUCUGUUCAUUUGUUCAAGAAAAAACUUAACACCUUUGGAGACGCAGAAAAUUUUCUAUGAAUCAUAAUUUAGGUUUUCAACUGGUAUCGGAACGAAAAAGUCCAAAGGGAGAAAAAUUAUCUUCUAAAAGGCCUGUCCUGCAUCAAAGACAUCCAGGUCUUGGAAAGGUGAAAUCAUCUCCAAUUGCAUUAUACAGGAGAUGAAUUCAGACUGCUUGAAAACGCGCUGAACCCGACAAAUAGCGAUUUCCGCCUUCAAGACGUCGUUUUUGUCUUCGCCGCCAUCAUGGACAACCCGCUCAGCGAAGGAAUAUUUUCCAGAUUUUUGUUAGAACGUUGGCAAGACUUUUUGCCGAGGUAUGGAAUUUUUGAAAGUGAAUAAAAUGACAAAAAAAUUUAGAGAUAAAAUUUUUUUUGAGAAAUGUGGAGUUCAAACUAUAGUGUAGUUUUUCUCAUAUUUUUAAAGUCAAGUAAAAACUGCUUUCAUAAGAAGGAAUAAUAGAAGGGUCUCCAGUAAACCUACGUGUGAUAUUUUUCUUUAUUUGAUUGAUAAAAUAAAAAAGCACAAGUUGAGUUCACUGCCAAAAAAUAAAACUAUAAAAAUGUUAUACUUUUCUUAAGAAUGUCGCAAGAAACCUCGUCCCUCUCCCAGAUAAUCAUGAUCCUGACGCGUAAUAUCAACUCUUCAGAAGGUUUACAAAAGGUAAAUUUUCAGAAUUAUCAUAAAUCAAAAUAACGCACCUCAAUUUUCAGUUGAAAACCUUCCAUUCCUCCACAAAAUCAGCUCAAAAAUACAACAUUUUCCAUGCGGCUUUUGAAGAAAUCACGAUUCGAAUUCGUUGGCGGGAGAAAAACCUUCAAAAAUUAUCGAAAAAAUUUGAAUCCCUCCUAACUCCGAAAACACUAUAUAUUUGACAAAGAAUAAAUGUUUUUUAAAAGCUGCAAAAAAGAAGAGGUCCUGGCCGGGAUCGAACCGGCGACCUUCUGCGUGUGAAGCAGACGUGAUAACCACUACACCACAGGACCGCUGGAGGUUUUGUCAGCGUCGGUGGCCAUGUAA